GCUUUUUAAUAAUUGGGUGGACACCAAUAAAGUAGUAAAUACGUCCGCCUAAUGUCUUCUCGCCAAACCACCUUUCCACCCGUCACAAAAAAUCUCUAAACACAUUUUCUCUGUUGGACUUCAUUAUCUUUCAACAAUCAACUUCUAUAUAUAUGUAUAUAGUCCACAACUUUUAUCAGCUUCAACUCAUUCGACUCCUCUUGAGAAUUACUUAUAUAUUCGAUCUCUUUGCCUGUAAAGUUUUAUUUGUCAUAUUGUGUGUGUGUGUUAUAUAUAUAUAUAUACAUCCCAAAUGCCGCCAAAUAGACCUCCGGUUUAUGGGAAAUAUAUCACAAUUCUUAGCAUUGAUGGAGGAGGAAUUAGAGGAAUUAUCCCUGCAACAAUCCUCCACUACAUGGAGGAACAAUUUCAGGAGCUGGAUGGUAAGGAUGCAAGGUUGGCGGAUUACUUUGAUGUGAUUGCAGGAACAAGUACAGGUGGUCUUAUAACUGCCAUGUUAACUGCACCAAAUGAAAAUCAACGCCCUCUUUUUUCUGCGAAAACAAUAGUGGAGUUCUAUAUGGAAAAAGGUCCUGAUAUUUUCCCCCAAGGUUGCCAAGCUUGCUGUGAUGGUGGUUGUGGUUGCUGUUCUUUAAAUUGUGAAAGCUGUGGUUGCUUUGGUUUCAUUUCUGAUAUGUGUAGAAAAUUGCGUUCUUGUUUCUGUGGUUGUUGUGGUCGCAUUGCUGAUACUGGUAGACAAUUCCGUUCUUAUUGUUGUUAUCCUAAAUACAAUGGGAAAAGCCUUCACCACCUGCUAUAUACAAGGAUGGGGACGACAAAGUUGAACCAGACAUUGACUAAUGUUGUUAUUCCAACCUUCGACAUCAAUAAUCGCUACCCCACUAUCUUUAGCUCAUUUCAGGUGGAUAACAUCGCGAUGAUGAAUGCCAAACUAGCAGAUGUAUGUAUCGGCACCUCAGCAGCGCCAACUUAUCUCCCUGCACAUGAAUUUACCGUCGAAGUUGAUAAAAUAGAGGAACAAUUUAACCUCAUCGACGGUGGUGUGGCCGCUAAUAACCCGGCUUUGCUUGCUAUUAGUGAGGUGACCGAACAGGUGCACAUGCAGAAUCCAGAUUUCCCAAAGAUCGAACCCUUGGACUACACUAAUUAUCUUGUGAUCUCAAUAGGGACAGGCGAAAAACUGAAUAAGAAUAAAUUCAAUGCUAAGGAGGUUAAUUGUUGGGGAAAAAUCGGCUGGAUAUUGAACACUAAUGCGUUUACUGAUAUAUUUUUUGACGCAAGUGCGGCUAUGGUAGAUUUUCACAAUUUUGUGAUUUUUAACUCUCUUCAGAGGAAAGAUAACUACCUCAGGAUCCAAGACGACAAGCUAAAAGGUGAUUUAGCUUCUAUGGAUUUGGCUACACCAGAGAAUCUGGAAAAUCUUAAGAAAGUUGGCGAAAAUUUGCUGGGCAAACCAGCUACAUGGGUGAAUCCGGAUACUGGUAAAGAGGAAGAAAUUAAAGGUGACUGGUUCACCAAUAAGUUGGCACUCAGAGGGUUCGUGGAAAAAAUUUCAGAAGAAAAGAAAAACCGAGAGGCAACUUUCCAGAAAAUGGAAAAUGCGAAUUAAAACGAUUUGAAGUUGCUGUUCUAUGUUUUAUCUUAUCGAAUUAAUUGCAUGUGGUCCUAGCUAUUGGCCUCUCUCUCGUGUCUCUCAAGAUGUGGAGAGUAUGUCCUACACUAUUUGUUUCGAGGAUAUUUUUGUCUAUUAUCUGGUGUUUAUUAUUAUUAUUAUUAUUAUUAUUAUAUCCUCAGGUAAUGGUCUAUAAUAUUGGUGUGUGCCUACCUACCUCCCUCGUCUCUUCUUUUAAGAGAUGUGAGAUGUGUUGGGUUUUAUUUCAAUUACCCAUGUAAACAUCAAGGAUAUUUUAAUUAAUUAAAGAGAAGAAUUUUAUUUCCUAA